UUCACAGUGACAACAAGCCCAAAUCCAAGCCCAAAUCCAAACCCCAAUCCAGCCCAAAAAUGAACAAAUUCUUCGUCCUUGCCGUUGCCGCCUUGGCCAUCGCUUGCGUCCGCGCUGAUUCCUUCGAUGCCGCCGCCGAGACCAGGGAGUACAAGAGCGACUUGAAGGAGGACGGAAGCUAUGCCUACCAGUACCAGACCUCCAAUGGCAUUGCCGGCCAAGAGUCUGGAGCGGGCGGACAAUAUGCCAGCGGCUCCAAUGCCUACUACGCUCCCGAUGGCCAGCUCAUUCAGCUGAUCUACACCGCGGAUGCCAAUGGAUUCCAUCCAUCGGGCGCCCAUCUGCCCACUCCUCCUCCAAUCCCGGCGGCCAUCCUCAAGUCGCUGGAGUACAUCCGCACCCAUCCGCACCAGGAGUCGCGACAGGGUCAGGGACGAUUCUAAGGGGAGGGCUGGUUUCACCACCACAUGUUGCGCGUUAUUCGUCUUAGGCUUAAGUCAUCCGAAAAAAUAA